AUGGAUAGAAUUUACAAAGCAGUUAUCGAGGAAGUGAACUCCAACAGCCUACUUUUCCGCGAGAUGUUCCGGGCCUGUUACGAACGGAAGCGUGCACGUUACGAGGAAGGCUACACAAGUUUUAUUCUCAACAAAUUGGUGUUCAAUCGAAUCGGCAGCUUACUGGGUGGCCAUAUUCGGUGUGUUUUGUCAGGUGGUGCUCCUCUCAGCCCAGAAACACAGAGGUUUAUGAAUAUCUGCUUCUGUUGUCCAGUGGUUCAGGGUUAUGGUUUGACAGAAACUUGUGGAGCAGGAACUUUGGCUGACACUCACGACCUUUCUACUGGAACCGUUGGCCCACCACUCACUUCAACCGAAAUUCUGCUCGAAGAGUGGGCAGAGGCUGGCUACUCACCGCAUAAUGAAAAACCACAAGGAGAAAUUCUAAUCGGCGGAAAAUGCGUUGCCAUUGGAUACUAUAAUAAUCCAGAGAAGACAAAGGAGGACUUCGUAGAAAGAAACGGCAAAAGAUAUUUCGCCACAGGCGACAUAGGAGAAUUCCGUGAAGAUGGAUCACUCAGAAUUAUUGAUCGUAAGAAGGAUUUGCUCAAGUUGGCCCAUGGCGAGUACAUUUCACUAGGAAAAGUUGAGACCAACAUUCAAACUGGUCAUGGAAUCGAUACCGUAUGUGUUCAUGGUGAUUCAUCAAAAGACUACUUGAUCGCUUUGGUUGUACCAGAUCAUAAGUACUUGAGGAAGAAAGCAGAAGAAAUUGGCAUUUCUGAUGAUGACAUAGAAAGUCUGUGUAAGAAUAAGGAUAUGGUUAAUGCAGUAUUGAAAGAUAUACAGUCACACGUCAACGGAAAAUUGCAAAGAGUGGAGAUUCCAACAAAGAUUUUACUUUGUCCUGAACCCUGGACUCCGGCUUCUGGUAUGGUAACCGAAGCGUUGAAAUUGAAAAGGAAGGUGAUUGAGAAGGCGUUCCGAAAAGAAAUCGACGAAUUGUAUCGUUAA